AUGGAUUGCCCGCCGGGCUUCUGCCGAACGAGUUAUUUACCAGCAGUAGUGGGACUGCGCUUUGCUCUCCACCGCCGGACUCCCCUGCUUCGUGUCGUCCGCAUACAAACAGCAAGCGUGCGCCGUGACAUCACACGCAUCCUCCCGCCAAUCGAGCCCGCCCUUCACACCCAACUACUCCUCCACCCAUCCACGACCACCGUCCCGUCCGCACGACUGGCAGCCAUGGCCGAAGAAAUCUCGUUCAACGCGCUCGUCGCCAACCUCUUCGAGUGGAAGGACCGCCUGGUCAACAACUCGGUCAAGUCGUGGGAGGAAAUGACGGCGCAGCGAUGGGUUCGCAUCGUCGUCAUCGUCGGCGCAUAUCUGCUCGCCCGCCCGUACCUGCUCGCGCACGCCGAGCGCAGCCGCAAGAAGCGCGCGGAAAAGGAGGCCGCCGACCUGGGCCUCGAUGCUGGCACCACCGCCAACGACUUCCGCGGCGGGAAAAAGACAAAGGGCGACGAGGGCCUGGUGCAGCGAUCGACGCUGCGCUGA